AUGGAAGACAUCAUCCCUCUAAUCGUCGCACAAGCGACCGAUCAACGCUCCUUGCACGCUCUGACCCUCGUUCACAGCAUUUCCAACAGACCAGCUACGAUCCGCCUAUACCAUACGAUCCGAUUAUCUCGCCUCGACUCAAUAAUCUCUUUCCUUACCUAUGCACCUGACUGUAUCGAAACCAACGUCCGACAUGUCGAACUGGAGCUAAAGUUGGAUAUGGUCACCUCACCACGAUGGGGAGAGGUUUUAGAGCGAAUCAGAAAUCCCACCCGGAAGAUGAGGAGCGUGAUCAGCUUAAGCGUAACUAUCGAAGGGAGCUAUCCAUAUGGUGAACCACUGAAAGAAGAGCUAUAUCAACUAUAUAGCUUACUUUGCACCUCAUUAUUCACGGAUAGUUAUGAAGGACCAAAGUUUUUCAGAUUAAGAUACGUGGUCGAAGGUGAAUCUAGAGAAUGUCCAUUCAAACUACAAGAUCGAAUCAUGGAAAGCUUUCUCAGCUGGCCGUCCACGAGGUAUCUGGAUUUACCAUUUUUCGGCAAAGAUUGGUAUCCCGGACGGGGAGCUUUCCCAUUUUGGUUAUCGGCUGAUCGGAAUCAGGAUAUAAACCUGGAGGUUAUUUCGAUCUCAGGAUUGUUCUUUUGGAAUUGGCAUAGGGACAGAAUGGGAGAUUGGUUAGAACAACUAUCGAGUUUGUAUGUCUCUGAGGGACGACCAAAGAAGAGUCUUAGAUUGGAGAUAAGAAAACCAAUUGAUCAACUUCUCGACAAUUGUUUAGAGAAAUUUGUGGAACGUAAAGAUCCAGCGGGGAUAUUUGAUAUGAUCAUUGUGGAUGACGGCAGGGAGAAUGAAGAUGCUGAGAGCUGGAGAUUUAGAGUGAUGGAGGAAUAUUACCGUAAUGAGCAGAGGAAGAUUUAG